GGAAACUACUCAGUUUGCUAGAAUCCUUCAUCAUGGAUUACUAUACAUUCUUCUCCCUUCUCCUAGUCCUACCUUCGCUGUACUUUAUCUUUACCCGGAGCAAACGGGUUUCGCUAAUUGGAAAGAGAAUUUUAAUCACAGGUUGCGACUCCGGGUUCGGAUACUCCCUGGCUUUGUGGUGUUCGGAGCAGGGUAUGGAGGUGCUGGCAACCUGCCUGGAGGAGGGAGGUGAGGCCUGGAAUAAUAUGAAGAUAAAGGGAAUACACAUGAUGAAAUUAGAUCUUACAAAUCUAGAUUCUGCCGAGACAGAGUCUCAAAUCAACAGAAUUCUUAAAAACCAAGGUUUGGACUUUCUGGUCAACAAUGCUGCAUGCCUUGUAUUUGGAGAAGCAUGUUGGCAAACUAGCCAGCAGGUCAAUAGACAGAUGCAGGUCAACAUGCUCGGUCCAUUACAGAUGAUAAAGAUCUGCUUCCCCUCCCUGAGGUCUGCUAGAGGAAGAGUGAUAAACAUGAUCAGUAAUUGUACAGACUGUCCUCUCCCUACCCUGAGCGUCUAUACCUCCUCCAAGGCAGGAUUAAAGUAUCUGACCCAUGGUAUGCGUCCUGAACUAUCUAAAUACGGGAUAAAGAUGGUGCUAGUGAACCCUGGAGAUGCUCCUUCUAUAACUAAACUAUGCUCCGGCCAGGACGGAUUCUAUAAUGAUAUGAGAGAGGAGAUGGAUGAACCAAGGAGGAGAAUAUACGGAGAAUAUUUUCAACUGUGUAAGGAUAAGUUUGUUAACCUAUUCCCUUCUCCUCCCCUGGUUAGAAUUCAAGAUCAACAAUUCUACAACGUGAUGGAUAGAGCUCUUAGUGAGGAGAACCCAGCUAUAUUCUAUGAGAAUAAUCCUGUAGUAAACAAACUUGUAUUUGGAUUUAUAAAACUGCUCCCGGUCCAUAUUGGGGAUCGUGCCAGGCUUGCAAUAAUGAAACUACCUAAGUAUGAAAGUGUGGAAUGAAAUAUGAAAUAUGAUUUAUUCAUAAAUUUUUUUGAAUUUUUGAUAUCAAAAAUCUUGUAUUUAUGGUAGAGGAGUAGUUGUAAUAUAGAAGGGUGAAGUAAAUAAAUCUACAAAAUCA